AUGAUGAUGAUGUCCCUGAACAGCAAGCAGGCGUUCAGCAUGCCGCACGGCGGCAGCCUGCACGUGGAGCCCAAGUACUCGGCAUUGCACAGCGCCUCGCCCGGGUCCUCUGCACCCGCGGCGCCCUCCGCCAGCUCUCCUAGCAGCUCGAGCAAUGCUGGCGGCGGUGGCGGCAGUGGCGGGGGCGGUGGAGGCCGGAGCAGCAGCUCCAGUAGCAGUGGCAGCAGCGGCGGCAGCGGCGGGGGCUCCGAGGCGAUGCGGAGAGCGUGUCUUCCAACCCCACCGAGCAAUAUAUUCGGCGGGCUGGAUGAGAGUCUGCUGGCCCGCGCCGAGGCUCUGGCGGCGGUGGACAUCGUCUCCCAGAGCAAGAGCCACCACCAUCACCCGCCCCACCACAGCCCCUUCAAGCCGGACGCCACCUACCACACCAUGAAUACCAUCCCGUGCACGUCGGCUGCCUCCUCUUCGUCGGUGCCCAUCUCGCACCCGUCCGCGCUGGCGGGCACGCACCACCACCACCACCACCACCACCAUCACCACCAUCAGCCGCAUCAGGCGCUUGAGGGCGAGUUGCUGGAGCACCUGAGUCCCGGGCUAGCGCUGGGUGCCAUGGCGGGCCCCGACGGCGCCGUGGUGUCCACUCCAGCUCACGCGCCGCCCAUGGCUACCAUGAACCCCAUGCACCAAGCCGCUCUCAGCAUGGCCCACGCGCACGGGCUGCCCUCACACAUGGGCUGCAUGAGCGACGUGGACGCCGACCCCCGGGACCUGGAGGCGUUCGCCGAGCGCUUCAAGCAGCGACGCAUCAAGCUGGGGGUGACCCAGGCCGAUGUGGGCUCCGCGCUGGCCAACCUCAAGAUCCCCGGCGUGGGCUCGCUCAGCCAGAGCACCAUCUGCAGGUUCGAGUCUCUCACGUUGUCUCACAACAAUAUGAUCGCGCUCAAACCCAUCCUGCAAGCGUGGCUAGAGGAGGCGGAGAAGUCUCACCGCGAGAAGCUCACCAAGCCGGAGCUCUUCAACGGCGCAGAGAAGAAGCGCAAGCGCACGUCCAUCGCGGCGCCGGAGAAGCGCUCGCUCGAAGCCUACUUCGCAAUCCAGCCGCGGCCCUCUUCCGAGAAGAUCGCCGCCAUCGCUGAGAAGCUGGACCUUAAGAAGAACGUGGUGCGCGUCUGGUUCUGCAACCAGAGGCAGAAACAGAAAAGAAUGAAAUAUUCCGCGGGCAUUUAG